UCACUUUCUCUUGAGACCUCCCUUGAGCCUUAGAAGGUCAUGUUCCUGUUUCAGUCUGAGGCUUUUUUUUUUUACCUAAUAUGGUAAUGUGUACUGCAAAGGGGAGAAGCUCUAUUGUGGCAAUGAUAAAACUAAGUGAAUUGAACAUGUAAACUCCUGGUCAAUAUAUUGUCAACUAGGCUAAAUUAAAAUAAUAAUAAUAAUAAUAAUAAUAAUAAUAAUAAUAAUAAAAUACUAUUAAGAGUCAGAUGAAGUAGGAUAAAUAUAAUAUAAGUAGUAUUGGCCGGUGCAGAAUGACAAAAAGAUGUAUUGCUUUGACCUUUCGUGACCUCAUAAUAAUAUUAAUGAUAACCAUAUGUGACCUUUGAUCUCAUAACGAGUUCCAGAUGCGGAAAUUGGAGAAGCGUGAAAUUCCGAUGUCAUCUGGGGAAGAGCUAUGUUAUCCGGAGGUGUAAAACCCCAUAAAUGAUCUGUCAAGCAUUGUUUUUGAAGAUUUUAUGGACCGUUUUGCGUUUUGUUUUGGGGAGUGCCCUCCCAUCUGCGGCGCGCGUGUCAGGUUGCGUUCCGAGGCGCAUGCUCUCUCUCUCUCUCUCUCUCUAUGGAAAAAGAUAAUGGUUUUAAGGAGAAAAUCAGAAUAAAUAAACAUUUUUAAACAGAAUAGUUUUAAGACACACUCCCCAGCUCGCACAUAUAUUCGGUUGGCUGUAUAAAAAUAAUUGAAAUAAUAUAGGCUAUCAAUGAGAAGUGAUACAUACUAAUACAAUGUUUAGUUUAACAAAUAAAAUGGUCUUACGUUCUUCAUGGUAUACCAGUUGGCAUCAAAUGACCUGAUUACAAAAAUUGUGUUUAGUUUAAACUUUAAUUAUGUAUUCCUCUCUGCAGAGUGAACACGCUCCUGUCUGUCUGCCUCUGUGUGUGUGUGUGUGUGAGAGAGACGCAGGCCCUCCACCGCUCAUGCCAUUUCUGUACGCUGCGAGUGAGAAAGUUUUUGCAAACAUUUGAUUUAUUUCUAUGCUUUAAUGUUUCCCUAAUACGUCUGAGGUUCUUAUAUUUUAACUUAUUUCACAUCAAACGAUUGUUUAAAAGUUUCUUAUAUCUUCAAAAUUGAAUGUUUUUAAACUAAAACUAGUAACAUCUCAGUAGUUUUAUAGCGGAGCGAUGGCUCGAUUAUCGUUAGCGUCGAUGCAACGUGAUUAGAUGUUCGUUUUGUUCGCUUAUCUAACCCCCGGCUCGUAAGGGCUUCAAAACUUUUUAAAUUAUUUAUCUAAAAUGACAACUAAUUAACCUUUUAUGCUACGAAUUUGACGUUGGUUGCUAUCCUCUCUCUCUCUCUUCCUCUCCCUUUCCCUCUCUUUCUCUCUCUCUCUCUCACGCGCAUGCGUGCGCAUUCAAUCGUCCCGAGUCGUAGGCUAUUCUCUUCUUUUAAAUGAAAAUAAAUAAAUAAACUGUGCGAUCAUGCACGAUAUAAAACAAUGCAAACAUUUACACUAGUUUUAGUCGUCACUAAAAAUAUAAAAAAUUUUACCAGGAGCGGAAAAAAGAGUUUGUCAUGCUAGAAAAAGUUAUCAAAAGGGGAAAACAAUAUGUAUUUUAAUAGGCCACACGAUAAGGGUUAUCGUGGACAUGUCUGGACAUGUCAAAUUUUUAUGUUUUCCAUAGACAAUUCAAUUCCAUUCAUUUAUUUGCACAGUAACAAAUUGUUGCAAAGCAGUUUCUACAUUAUAUAUGUAACCGACUAUAGUACAGUUACUUUGUUGGUUUUGUGUGUAGUUCCUCUACUGUGCUGCAGGGGGCCCUACCAGAUUUUCUAUGUUAAGGGAUAAAAUGGAGGUAGGCAGUAGAGUAAGAGAUACCUGUUUGAUUAAGAGGAAGCAUGGCUUCCACUUGCAUAACCUUACCACAAAUGGAGUUCAGUUUGAGAAACUAAUGUUUUCAGCUCAAUCAUAACUCUUUUUGUUUCUGUCCUUACCUUGUCGUCUUUACUCUGAAUGCCUCAUCAAUGGCCUAAGAAAAUCUCUUCUUUAAAGCUCUGUACUUAUUGUGGGACAAAACAACAUCAAAGAAUUGCAACGUACUCUGUUUUAAGGAGAUUCGGAUCGCUGAUUAUUUAUGCUACCCUUGCUAUCAGACACUUGGAUUUUUUUCACCUCCUAUCAUCAUUGAGGACUUCAGUAUUCGGAUUCACCAUAUACUUUGGCUGAAAGACCAAUAUUCAUUCAAUUAGAUAAGUUUUUUCUUUGUUCUCUAUUGUGAUAAAUGAUAAAUGUGACGGGUGGUUUUUGCAGUCAAAAAGACUUUGACUGUUUUUCAUGUACAUGCUGUAAUGAUCUGUGGAUUACCUUUAUUUAAUAUAAACACUUUGUAAUGCACUACGGUGUUUUGUGGCAUUUUCAGUUGAGGUACCCUCCCCUAAAUUAUUUGUGCUUUUUGCCCUUGUGAAAAAUUUCACUGGGACGGUUACAAAAUGGUGCCCGAACAGGGACCCCUCAGCUUUGAAAAAGGCACAGGUGGAAAAUAAUCCGUCUGGUAAAUAGUCGUGGUUCAUUGUUGUAGUUUAUUAACCGUCAUCUGCUAUGGAUAAGGAUGAGUGCGUUGGUGGAACUAGAAGAGAACCGAUGAGAGAACUGAUAAACACACUUAGUGAUUUAUAUAUUGAUUCUGAUGAAGACAGUGAGCAAGUCGAGGAUAAUGUUCAUGUGGACGAUUCAUGUUUUCCUCCUCCGCCUCCACCAAUAGAGGUAAAUGAAGGAGUCAGCCCCAACUGUGACACAACGUUGAUGGAACGUCUUAUUGAGAUUGAAAAUCAAGUGGCUAACAUCGAUCAAAGGGUGAGUGAGCAAGUUUCUUUGGAUGUGUUUGAUGUGCAGUGUAAAAAAUUGGAAGAAAAGAUUUCUUAUCAUGUCCAACGUGAAUGUGAAAGAGUCAAGCAACAGAUGGAGCUAAUGGUUAUGGACUUGGGUCAAUCGAUUGUUGAUUGUUCUAAUUGCUGGUCUCUUCUCUUUAAACAAAGAUUUCAGUUGCUGAGCCCAAAUGCUUCUACACCAAGAGUUCCUAAAGUAAAUGUUCCAGUAAAUGUUUCCCAUUCUCCAAUUCAUAAUGCGACUAGCUGUGUUUCCAUUCAAAAUAUCCCUCCUACCAUUCAGUAUAACCCACCUGUAAAGAUGGACUUCCCCAUUUUCACUAAUGCAUUUGAGGAUGAUCCUGUUUUGUUUGUGGAGCGAUGUGAAGAGUAUUUCGCCGUUCGACCCCUCAGUGAUGAAGAAGUAAUUGCUGCUCUCACUGCUGUUUUAAGAGGCACUGCUAAAGAUUGGUGGAUGGCAGAAAGGAAAAAUGUAGCGAGUUGGAAACAGUUCAAAGAGAAGUUUCUGCUUUCAUUUUUAAGUGAGGAUUACCAGGAUGUGGCUGCAAGAAAGCUUGCUGAAAGAAAACAAGGCCCUAAGGAAAGUUUGAGAGACUUUGCUUAUCACUAUCGUGCACUGUGUUUGAGAUGGAAAAAGGACAUGACUGAGAAGGAAAUGAUUCAAGCUAUUCUAAGGAACUGUAAUCCACGGCUAGCUAGUUUACUUCGUGGGACUGUUAAAGAUGUGGGAGAAUUAGUGAGGCUUGGAACCCAAAUUGAGAAGGAUUUCAAUGAAUCAAAGAAGUAUUGGAGCCAAGUCAACAGUGAAGAGCAGAAGAAGAAACCUCCUGUUCCUCCAGAUUUCCAACGCAAAUCCUUACAGGGUGCCAAUAGAGUUGUGUUGCUGGAUCAGAUUUCAGAAGCUCGUGAUUUUAAAAACCUCACCAUUCCAUUAAUACUUCGGAACAGCUAUGUGUCUGCCAUAGUGGAUACAGGUAGCACAUUUUCUCUGAUUCAAAAGUCUUUUGUGGAAGAAGUUAAGUGGCCAUGA